AUGGUUUCAGUUGACAGCAUUCUUGCUGGCAAAUACCCGGCCAAGGCCCACGCUCGUCGUGUGGCCGAGUCCAUCAAGGCACAACAUGGCGAGGCCGGCGUUCUCUACCUGGAGGCGCAAAAAACUCGCUUUAUCGAGGACAAUGACGAGACCAUGCCAUUCAGGCAACGUCGCCCAUUCUUCUACUUGACAGGAUGCCUCUUGCCCGAUGCGUCCGUGGCCUACGAUGUCCAAGCAGAUCAGUUGACCUUGUUCAUCCCUCCCAUUGAUGCGGACUCUGUCAUUUGGUCCGGUCUACCCAUGUCUCCCGAGGAGGCUGCGAAGCUCUAUGAUGUUGAUCGUGUGCUUUACACCACCGAUGUCAAUGCCACUCUAGCCAGCAUUGCUACCAAGCAGGGCGGCACAGCGCCUAUUUUCGCCAUCUCAGAACAGGUUUCAGAAGAUGUGAAGCUCCAGGGCUUUUCUACGGCCAACCUCUCCGUCUUGAAAGAUGUCAUUGGUGAUGCCCGGGUGGUGAAGGAUGCGUACGAGGUGGCCCUGCUGCGAAAGGCCAACGAUAUUUCUGCCAAGGCCCAUAUCGCUGUCAUCAAGGCGGCCCGGGCUGCAAUGAACGAGCGCGAGUUAGAAGGUACAUUUAUCAGCACUUGUAUUGCCAAUGGUUGCAAGGAACAGUCCUACCACCCCAUCUUUGCCAGUGGUGAAAGUGGCGCGACGCUACACUAUGUCAGCAAUGACAAGUCCCUUAUCGAUCCGAUAACCCAACGGCGAAAACAGAACUUGCUCAUUGAUGCGGGUGGUGAAUACCAGACUUACUGUGCUGAUAUUACCCGCGUGAUCCCCUUGGAUGGCAAGUUCACAACGGAAACCCGGCGGAUUUAUGAAAUUGUCCUUCAGAUGCAGACGGAGUGCAUUGCUGUGUUGAAGGCCGGAGUUAAGUGGGAUGAUGUGCAUGCCUUGGCCCAUCGUAUCGCAAUCAAGGGUUUGUUGAAACUCGGGAUUCUGCGUGGCUCCGAAGACGAACUGUUUGAGAAGCGGGUCAGUGUGGCCUUCUUCCCGCACGGCCUAGGCCAUUACCUAGGAAUGGACACCCAUGAUACGGGUGGCUAUCCCAACUAUGAAGACCAGGACAAGAUGUUCCGGUAUUUGCGAGUGCGCGGCAACCUGCCAGCGGGGUCCGUCAUCACGGUUGAACCCGGGAUCUACUUUUGCCGAUUCAUCAUCAAUCCCGUUCUGGAAUCCUCUGAGUUGGGUAAAUAUAUCGAUGCGGAUGUUUUGGACCGGUACUGGACCGUGGGAGGUGUGCGCAUCGAGGACAAUAUUCACAUCACUCAAGACGGCUCCGAUAACCUCACUUCCGCACCAAAGGCUCUUGUCGAGGUAGAAAGCCUGGCUCAAUAA